GUUAGGUUGGGUCAAUUGUCAAUAUUUUCGGAUGUCAGUUUUGUAAUUAAUGCAUUUAAUUAAUUUAAUAUUUAACUCAGUUUUCAACAAUUAUCUCAAUGGAUAAUACUAACAAUAAAAAUGAUGGAACCACGUUUACAAUUAUUUCUCAAGAUGGAAUGGAUUUGGUUAAUUCUUUUCAGCAACAAUCAAAAGACAAUGGAAUAGAUGAUGAUCCUUUUUUAUUAACAACCACAGAUAUUGAUAGUUUAGUUAAAAUUGAUAAUAAACCAAAAAAAUGGAUGAAAAUAGAAUCAUGUAUCAAUAAUUGUCAUUUGAAAAUGAGUGAAGAGGAUCAAAAAAAUACUUUUGAUUCUUAUUGGAAUAAUUCAACAGUUAUUUCAAGAUAUAAAUUUAUUAAUGAAAUGGCAGAAGUAUAUUUGCCAAAGGAUUGUGUGAAGGGAACUCCUAUUAUUAUUGGAGAGCAAAAAUACUACGUUUUUUUCAAUAUCAAUAAAGGAAAUGGUUUUAAACACGUUUGUAGACCCUGUUUUCGUUUUAUGUUAGGGGAACAGGAACCAUUUAUUAAAACAGUUUUAGCUCAAAAGCUCAUUAAUUUUACCGAUGAUGAUAACGAUUCAUUUGUAAAUAAUUUUCCGGAAAAUCAAAAUCGAACGCUUUGCAGUAUGAAAUGUAAUUUAAUGGUAUCAGAUAAGGAGAAAAAACAAAAUUUAUACAACUAUUGGCACGAAACAACAAUUGAACAACGAUGUAAAUUCAUUUUAGAAAGUACAGAUAUCGAGGAAAAUAUUCGAUAUAAAAUUAAUAUAAAAUCUACAUCAAAUAAGCCAUACAUUAGUAAAUUUCAUCUUGAAACAAGUUUUGGUCGACAACUUGUUUGCGCAAAUUGUUUUCGUCUUAUAAUCAAAGAAUCAGCGUCUAUUAUUAAUGAAAUUUUAGACGAAAAAUGGACAGAAUUAAGUUCCGAAUUGGAAAAUGGUGAGAAAUACAAUCAAGUUAUAAGUCAUUUUAAAAAAUUUCCAUUAUUUGAAACACAUCACGUAACCGAUAGUGGUAAUGAAAAAUAUUUACCAAGAGGUCUAACACUCGAAACAAUGUAUUAUCUCUAUAAAGAAGAAAUUUCAAAUCCAAUGAAUUUUCUCACUUAUCAAAAGAUUUUUCAAAAAACUAAAUUACGUUUUUUGUCAUCAGUUGUUGAAAAAUGUUUACAUUGUGAAAUGGCAAGUCAACAAUCACAAUCCACAGAUUUAUCGAAAAAUAAAAUUCGUCUUGAAACUUAUUUAACUUCACAUUUAAAUGGUGCAUUAAAAUCACACAGUUUUAAAUUACGUGACGAAAAACGUAAAGUCAAUACACUUUUGAUUUGUACAUUUAAAUUUCAUCCAAGUUUACCAACACCAUUUAUAAAUAAUCCAAUUCAUUAUUAUACGGAACCUUUGUGGACAUAUAAUUUCACAAUCACAGAAACAUCAAAAACUAAACCAACCGAGGGUUCAUUUAAAUCAUAUGUUUGGAACGAAACUCAGGGACAAAAGACAGUUAAUGAAAUUGCUUCAUGUUUAUAUAAUUAUUUGGAAAAUUUACCACGAUCCAUUAAAACCGUUGUCUUUUAUUCAACUUCAUGUAAUGGUGAAAGUCGAAGUAAACUACUUUGUAAAUUUCUCGCCAAUAUUGUCAUAAAUCAUCCAUCAUUAAUACUUCUCGAACAUAAAUUUUUACUUGACGGUCAUUUUUAUUCUGAUAAAAAUCAAAGAGAAAAUUGGUGUCCAGAUAUAUUGGCGAAAAAUGUCGGUAAAAUUGAAGAGCCAAAUGAUUGGUACAGUGCUUUAAAUGAAAUUGCCAUUGAAAAACAAUCACAAAUUAUUGUUAUGGAUAAUAGUAAAUUUUACAAUUUUAAAACUCUUCUCGGCAAUAGUCCGAACAGUUCAAUAGAUGGUGGAAAAAUUGACGAUGAUGUCACAUGCAUUCAAUAUACAAAAACAGGUAAUGUUUUUUUCAAGAAAAAAUGGACUGGCAGUUAUGAAGUAAUGUUCACAGAAUCUCAGCAAACAAAUGUUUUCAAUAAUUUCAAAAAUACUGAAAUUAAUCUCAUAAUGGAGAAAAAGAAAAAUAAUCUUUUAAAUUUAUUACCUUUCCUCAAUUCUCGUGUUCAUGACUUUUAUCAAAAUUUACAAACUGUAAAUUCGGAAACAAAUGCUGAAAAUGAAUUAAACGAUUUCACAUCAAACAAAGAAGAUAAUUUAAAAUUUAAAAUAAUUGACAAAGAAGAAGAAAAUGUAAAUAGUAAAAAAAAUACAAAUGAAAAGGAAGAAUUUAAUCUCAAUAUUGUUAAAGUAGAAUCAAAUUACGAUGAUUCGAUUCUAGCCGAGGAGAAUGAAGAUGACUUUAGUUUAGUUUUACCAGCUGAAGAGAGCGUAGUAAAAGAAGAAAUUGAUAUCGAACAAGAAAAAGCACCUUAUGAUAAUAAAUUUUCAGAUGACGAAUCAGACGAUGAAAUUUGUUCAGAAUUUGAACAAUCAGACGAUAAUUCACAAAUCAUUGGAUCAACUCUGUUUCCAAAAACUCAAGAUUCUGAAAUUAAGUCAUUUAAUGAGAAAUUCUACGAAAAUACAAAUUCACAAAAUAUCAAGUCAAUUAUGAAAAAUUUUGAAUUAUCAGGUAAAAAAAAGAGAAUAGAUGAUAAUUUAUUGGGUUUGGAUCAUUUGAAAAAAAUGAAACAAUUUCAACCACUUGGCCAAUGCUCAAAUCUUUGUUAUUUGAAAGUAACACCAAAAGAACAGGAACGUGUUUUCUCUACUUAUUGGCACAAGGGAACAUCGGAGUCACGAUUUAAUUUUAUUUACGACACAAUUCAAGUUCUACCGCAAUUAUUGAAAAGUAAACCAUUCUCCGAAGAUCCAGGACAAUUCUCGGUUAAAUUUCUCAUCAACACUGAACGUGGUCCUCAAGUUGUUUGCAAAUUGUGCUAUAAUAAAAUACUUUGCGAUCGUCCAUCUGACAUUUUAACUGUAUUAAAAUUAAAAGCACAAACACUCAUCGAUGAAAUAAAGUCUGAAGUUCAUGAAGUUGAAGCUCUACUUGAACGUAACAAUUCGAAAAACGAAGAGGAAGUAAAUAAUGAUAAUGAUAAUAUUUCAAAAUGGAAAACUGAUGAAUAUGAUUGUUCAACGAGUAAACUUCUUCGAAUGGAAAAAUUAAAUAAAGGCUAUUCAAAAUUGCAACCAUGUCGAAAUGGUUGUUUUGUGACAAUAAAAAAUCAGGAUCAAGAACAAAUUUACAAUUCAUAUUGGCGAAAUUCGACAAUUCAUUCGCGAUAUCAUUUUAUUAACGCUUCAGUGAAAGUUAAUAAUUCACGUAAUUCUAAUAAUGAGAAAUCGGGGAGAAAAAGAUAUUAUCACAAUUCAAGUAUUGGCCCUCAACGUGUUUGUAAAACAUGUUUCGCUCAUGUUCUCGGCGAAACGAUGAGUUUCGUCGAAUCAGUUUUACAAAAAUCGGGAAGAGCAACCGCAAGUAUCAAAAAGAAAAUAGACAAUCCUUCUACUUCAACAAAUGAAAAUCAGCCCGUGAUAUUUGAAAAUAAAAAUAUCGACACAGCCAAUAAAUCAGUUACAAAUUCUCAAAAAGAUUCAUCUACUUCAGCUGAUAAAAUUAUCAACAAUGAAAAUCAAGAAAUAAGUAAAAAUUUGAAAAAUCUUGAAAUACGUCAAGAAUCAAAAAAACCAAUUCAAAAGAAUAAACAAAUUCACAAGGAACAAACAGUAAAAAUUGCAAAACAAAUAAAAACUCCAAAACGAAAUGAAAAAAAACAAAUUAGUGAAAAUCAGGAUGAAUUGAGUGAAAAAAUUUCCCAUCAAUUAACAACAAAAAGAACAUUGGAAAAAAUAAACGCCGACGAAAUGAAUAAUGCAUUAAAUACUUUCAAUGAUUCAGCGACAACAUCGGCAAAUUUAUUAACUGCUGAUAUAAUUAAACAAAUACAAUUGGCACAGGAACAUAUUCAUGAUUAUUUAAUUACAAGAAUGAAAAAAAAUCAUUUACAAAUAAAUAUUCAAGCAAUGUAUUCGCAAUAUCAGAAAAAAGUUACCGUUCCUCUAAGUAUUGGUUGGUAUCAAAAUAUAUUAUCAGUGAAUAAUGUCAAUUAUAAACCGGCAUUUAUUGACAAAUGUGAUGAAUGUGAAACAUAUUCAGAUAAAUUUAAAAAUAUGAAAAAUCUACAAAUGCGUGAAAGAAUUUGCGAACGUCUAACAAGUCAUUUGGAUUAUUCGACAAUUGUUUAUAAAUGUAAAUUUCAAGAAGAAGAAUCGGCACGUUUAAUUAAUACAAUGAUGGUCUGUUCAUUUGGAUUUCAACAAAAUUUUCCAAUACCAUCGCGAACAAAUUCAAAUUCAUUGUCAAUUUUUAAUUUGACAAUUUGGCAAUUUAAAAAUAAUCAUAUGCCAAAUAAUCCAAUGUUCUAUGUGUGGACACAAGUUGAAGGUAAACGAACAUCAAAUGAAAUUGCAUCUUGUUUAUUUCAAUAUUUAAAACAAUUACCAGCACAAUUGAGAUCAUUGAUUAUUUAUUCAUCGUCUUGCCAUGGCGAAAGUAAAAAUAAAACACUUGCACAAAUGUUAUCGUAUUUCAUGACAAAUCACAAAUCACUUGUCUCGGUCGAUCAUAAAUUUACAUAUUCAGGACACGCGCAAUUAAAGGACUAUCUUCACGAUGAUUGGAUUGGUGAUGUUGUGCAAAAUCAUUCAAUUAAAGCCGACGAACCUGAGGAUUGGUAUCGAAAUUUCCAAGCAAUUGCACGACAGAAUAAAAAAUCGAAUAUUGUCUUUAUGGAACCAGAAAUGUUUGUUGAUUUUGAAAGUUUAUGGAAAGAUCAAUCGUCAACGGAUGAAGUGUACAUUAGUCCUGAUGUGAGAUGGUUGAAAUAUACAAAAAAUGGAAAUGUUUUUUUCAAAAAAAGUUUAUUGGAACGACAUAAUUUUGAAUUAUUACCAAUGCAGGGUCAACAGCAAUUUCAAGAUCUCUUGAAUAUGCAACUUUUUAAUCUUCUUGACGCUUCGCCGGAAGAAACAAACGUUCAAUUGGAAACAUCAAUUCCACAAUUGGAACAAUGUAUCAUUAAAACGGAAAUUGAUUUUGAUGAUGAAAAUUACACAACGCCAAAUGAGGAGGAUUAUCUAGAACCAUCAAAGAAACGUAGAAAAACAGAAAAUGAAUCAAUUUCAUCGGAAGGAACAUCGAGAUCAAAGAGGAUACGAAAGAAACGUGAAAUUCUUUCCCUCUAAAUUUUUUUUGAAGACUUAAGAGAAAAACUAUAAGUCACACCUCUAUAAUAAUUCACCGCAUCUAUAAUUAACAUUCAUUCAGUUCCAUACGUACAAAAAACAUGUUUUCUUCUCUUUCAAAGACUUAAAAAGAAAAAGAACACUCAAUGCGGAUCACAGUCUGUCUCAGCUCUCAUUUGCUCGGCCAAAUUCUCAAAAGAAGAAAUUAACACUUUCCUUUUUUUUAUUUUUGUUUUUCUUAUUGUUUGCAUUUCUUCAAUAAUAA